UUAUCUGUUAACUUUAACGUAGCUAUGUUAACUUUAACGGAGGUUACUAAUAAUAUAAUUUAAUUUUAUAAUAAUAAAUAAUUGCUAUUGUUAUGCGAAUGAAGCCUCGAAUCGUGAGAGAAGAUUCUAGAAUGCCGAAAAAUUAUACCUCAAAUAUUCAAGAUAUCUAACUAAUUUCUCAAAAAUAAUGGUAAAAUAGGAUUCUUGAUUUUUCUUUCUCUUCUCUGUUGCGACUACUGAAUGGAAAAGAGAGAAACCAUUUCACCUAUUCUCUCUCUGGAGCAAAAACCUUAGCUUCCAACACAACCCAUACCAACACGUCGAAUUAUUCGUAGAGGAGAACCCAUAGCCAUGACUUUACAGAAAAGCGACUUCUAUCGUCUUCUCUUCUUCGAACACACUCGCACCUUGAUGUCAACUUUACUGUCUUCCGCUUAAUGAAUUGUAAAUUUACAGUAAUGGAAGAUAUAGUAUCUCUUCCAUCGUCUUCUCUUCUUGGAUUUCUCUCAGCCACAAUCGAUUCUUAUUUACGGUUUAUCUAUUUUCUUUUACAUCAAUCAUGCUCAUAUAGCAAAAAAAUCAUACUCAUAUAGCCGGUCAGAUCAGUAGAGAUUUCAGGCACGAAGAGGCUCCAAUAAGGAUAAGAUAAGGCUCUUCAAGACCUUACUCUAACAAAUGCUAUAUCUUGAGGAUUUUGUCCAACAACACAAUGAACCAUUCUAUUCUGCUUGGAGGAGAUUUAAAGAGUUUGGAGAGAGAUGUUAUCCCACUUUCUCAGGUGGAUGUUUUACAUGGCUCUUUUAUAAUGGACUUAACGAUGAAACAAGAAGUUGGGUUAAUUACGGAGCAGGGGCAACUGGAGCGUCUCUAUUAAUGAGAGGCUAUGAUGUAAUAAAUCUGUUGAAUUAUAUGGCAGAUUUUGAUUACGACUGGCAUUGGGAUCCAUCACUUCAGGGUUGGAGUCACCAAUACCCACCUUAUUGCCCAAAUUCAUCCCAACAAACUGAAAAAGAGGAGCAACUACUAUCACUUCUACAAUCACUUCCAGGAGAGAUUAAUUGCUUAACUGACAUGGUGAGAUCCUUAUGUGAUAAUUCAGUGACUCAUGAUUCAGAAUGUAAUAACUCCAAUGAUGAAAGUUAUGAGAGUUGUUGGUACAAUGAAGAAGGGUCAUUAUUUGAAUACAAGGACGAUAAUGAGCCUACAAUUGAAGAUCAAGAUCCUUGUGAAGAGGAAAUUAUUGAAUAUGAAAUCACAAGUGAGGGUAUGGAUAGCCAAGUGGAGAGAGAGCAACAAGAAGAAGAGUUGUUAGAUGAAAGUGUAGAAACUGUGACAUUGGAGGAUAAAGAAGCACAUGGCAUCAUUGAUUCAACUUCAUCAAUGAUAUUGACUGAUAAACGACCAAUAAAUCCAUAUAUUUUAUCAACAUCAUAUUAUAUCCUCUACGAGCUACGAAAGGCUUCUCCCCAAGCACAUCAUCCAAAGUCUUAUGUUGUUGGUGCUGAUUUUAGUUCAAACUCAUCACUUGCCAAGCUUGAAGGCAAGUACAACAACAAUUUUCAAGUUGUCUUGCAUGACGCUUAUUACGGGCGUCAACCGCUUGUUGAUGUGGUGUUCAGGUAAGUCCUUCUCACCUUGAAUAUUAUAUCACAUUGGGGACAAUGUGAAUCUUUAGUUUGGGGGGAGGGAUUUUAAAAUUUUUAUUUUCUGCACUUUUAAUUUUCUGUUUUAGUUAGGAUUGGCAAUAAGCUAAAAGAUAAUUGUGUGCUGUUUUUUAUUGUAAUGUUCUCUGAAAUUGCAAAAUAAAUGUGUGUUUAAUUCUAUUAACUCUUUGGAUUAGUUUGGAUGCUUGUAUAACUUGUGUAAAAAUGCAAUUUGAUGAUCUGUGAAAAAUGUUAUAAUUGUUUUACUAUGGUUUGUGGUAAGAUUGACAUGAUAGCUCAGAACUUGCAUGUCUUAUUCUCUUGAGGCGAAAUCCUUGACAGUAUUCAAUAGGAAUAUGAUUUAGGCAUUUGUUGGAUAGUUUGAGCCUUUCAAGCCUACCAUGAAAUGAUUAUCCUUAGUUAACCCUCUUGAGCCUAAACUUGUUUUGUUCUUCACCUGUUGAACCGAAAUAUGUAUCCACACUGUUAAUUCUGUCCUCAUAAUUUUAUCAAUGAUAUCAUAAACUAUACAAUUAGUUUGGGGGAGCAAAAUACAUGGUGUGAGAGAAGAUAGAAAUAAAAGGAAACUUGCAAGAUUGAGAAAAAAAAAGAGAUGUUUGGUAAGAUCAAUAUCACUGAAAAAAAAAAUAAAGAAAAAGAAAAUAAAAUAAGAAAAAAAAACAUGAUUCAAGAAAAAAUAAUAAAAAUUCAGUGAUGUUGGGAAAAGAAAGAAAAAAAAUUUCUCGGUCGUGGUUAGUUGUGAGAACACUUUGGGAAAUUUGAAAUUAGAAGAAGCUUGUGGGUUAUUUUUGUGCUUAUGAUAUCUUUACCCAAAAUUGUUUUUCAUUUUCCAAGUAUCUAAGCCAUACUUUCUAAACCUCAAAAAGCCUUAUUGAUUCAGAAAGGAUGUUGUCAACAUUAGUGGAGAGAGGUAAGCAUGCAAGCAUAUGAGUUAUCGGGUAGUGGAAUGGUUGGAAAGAGUAAAACCAUUAUAACAUUAUUUCGAUUGUGAAGUCAUCUUGUGUUUAUGCAGCGUGUGACAAACUGAGCAUCUAAAUUAAUUGUUAGAGUUGGUGGAAUUGAAAUUCUAGUUUGAGCAGUGGAAGAAAACAGAACAUGAGGCAGUAAUAUUGUGAUUAUCUGAUAGCGUAGUUAGUGGAUUAGUAGUUAGUAGUAUUUAUCUUACUCGAGGGCGAGUAAGAAUCUAGUUUGGGGGAAUUUGUUAGGCUAAAAUUAGUCUAAGUUUCGGGUCAUAUUUUUGGUUAGUUUUCACUCUUUGUUUCUAGUUUUAGGGCUAUUUUACGCUUGAUUCUUUUGUUUCAGGUCCUCGGGUGUUUAUAGAAAGUAUGUACAAGAAUUGAGGACGCAUGGUGAAAGAAUCAAGAAGAAAAACCAAAUUUCGUGUCGCUGCCUAAUCCAGUCGCGACGGGCAACAUUCCAGUCGCGACGGGAACUGGCAGAAAGAUUUUGAAGGAAACAAAGAUUAACCCCGUCGCGACGGGGACCCAAUGAUGGGAUUUUUGGGCAGUUUCGUAAUUUCACGAAUUUUAAAGAUGAGACUUGGUUUAAAUAGAGGGAGUUCGUGAAAAUUAGGAUCAUUCAGAUUGGGAGCCCUAGAAACAAAGGAGGAGGCUAGAAGAGCGGCUUGUGGCGACCCGGAUCAAUUGCUUCAACUAGUUCUUUCUCUUCUCUUUAAUUUUUCUAUGUUCUUUUCUAUUUCAAUGUUAAUUAUGGAUUUGAUUAUGGAUGUUUUGAACUAAACUCCUAUUUAGGGAGAAUGAUGAAUGUUGUUUAAGUUUUUCCUAGUUAAUGAAUAAUUGUCAUUCCUCCA